AUUUCUUUGUUUAUUUCAGUCGCGAAUAAUAUGGCAGUGGGGCCAUAUCACCUAGCACAACUAUGUUUUAUUUUGUUUUUGACAAAUAGUGCUAAUGCGGAAUUCAAUAGUGCUUUCACCCCGGAAUUCAAUUCAUUGAAAGUGGUGACAAUAAAACCAUUAAGUCACAAUGCUGAUUACAACAAAGUGGUGUUUGAAGUACAAGGUAGAAAUAUAGUCAAUGGAAUACGCAUUAAGGCAACCAAAAUUCCAUCUGAAAGGAACGAUUUGUGCACAGAAAACUUAGAUGUGUCUUAUAACAUUAGUGAUGUAGCAACUAGUGAAUUAAAGUCACCCAGAUACGUACUCAUAGUGCCGAAAAGUGUCGAAGGAAAGAUUUAUCUAUGUUUACCGCACGAUAUUCGCUCUGAAAAAGGAGAUAAAAUUCCACCUUCUAUUUUUAAGAGCACAAUAUACAGAUGGUAUCAUCAAGGAAAUGAUAUUAGCAUAGAUCUUCCAAAAGUUUCAAAUGUGAAAAGCAAUCAAAAUGCGAACCACAGAAGUAGACGAGAGGAACCGGAUGAUCAAAGUAUUCAAGUACUGGGCCUCCGUGUGGAAAUACCGCAUAAAAAUAUAGAAAUGGAAGAGGGUACCUCUAGACCGAAACUACAGGCAAAUGUCGCAGAAACAAUCCGAAUAUUCGGAAUCAACUUUGAGGAGAAUAUGACCAUUUCUUUCACUCCCGAAGAGGGUAAAAGAGGGAGUAUUUGCCAACUUCAAAUAGUCAAGGGAAUGCAAGUGGACAAGUCAAGUUUCAGUCCAACGUCGGCAUUGGUUACGGUGAAGCUUCCUCCUCUACCGGAGGACACAACAUGCCUCUACCUUUGCGUCAAAAAGGGCGACUACCACUCCAAUACCUCCUUCAUCCACCAAGGGACUGAUCCUGGUCUUCAGUUAGUGACGUACGAGUCGUUGCUCCCGCUCUGGUUGGCGAUCGUGGUGAUCUUCACGUGUUUAAGCUUUUCUUCUCUUUUUUCCGGCCUGAACUUGGGCUUGAUGUCCAUGGACAUGACGGAACUCAAGAUCUUAUGCAACACUGGCACGCCUAGGGAACAAAAGUACGCGAAGACCAUUAUACCAGUUCGCAGGCAUGGAAACUACCUCCUGUGCAGUAUACUGCUCGCGAACGUGUUCGUGAACAAUAUUUUCACCAUUCUGCUGGACGAUUUGACUUCCGGGGCGGUGGCGGUGAUUUCUUCGACGUUGGCAAUCGUGACGUUCGGAGAAAUCUCGCCGCAGGCGAUAUGCUCGCGCUUCGGCUUGGCGAUCGGGGCCAAAACUAUUUACAUAACCAAGUUCGUCAUGAUGCUGACGUUCCCGAUGUCCUAUCCCGUGUCGAAGUUCCUGGAUUGGUUGCUUGGUGAGGAGAUUGGCAACUACUAUAACAGAGAACGCCUGAACGAGCUAGUCAAGGUUACUACUGGCGUCAACGAUCUUGAUAAAGAUGAGGUUAAUAUCAUCAGUGGCGCUUUAGAACUGAGAAAGAAGACUGUUGCUGAAGUUAUGACCAAAAUCGAGGACGUUUUUAUGUUGGACUAUGAAGCUGUAUUGGAUUUCGAAACUGUUUCAGAAAUAAUGAAAUCAGGUUUCUCUAGGAUACCAGUUUUCGAAGGCAAUCGUCAAAAUAUAGUGACCAUGCUUUACAUCAAGGACUUGGCGUUUGUGGAUCCUGAUGAUAACACCCCAUUGAAAACUUUGUGCCAAUUCUAUCAGAACCCUUGCAAUUUUGUUUUCGAAGAUGUUACCUUGGAUGUCAUGUUCAGAAUUUUCAAAGAAGGUAACAAAGGUCAUAUGGCUUUCGUACACAGAGUAAAUAAUGAAGGCGAGGGUGAUCCAUUUUAUGAAACCAUUGGGCUGAUUACACUAGAAGAUGUAAUCGAGGAGCUCAUUCAGGCUGAGAUUAUGGAUGAAACUGAUGUGUUCACUGAUAACCGGUCUAAAAGAAAACGAAUAGCAGAUCGAACAAGACAAGAUUUCAGUAUAUUUGCUGAUCGCAAGACUGACUCAUACAAAAUACGUAUAAGUCCACAAUUAACUCUUGCAGCUUACCAGUUCUUGAGUACAAGUGUGGAAUCCUUCCAUCCUAAUGUAUUAUCAGAAACGAUUCUGAAAAGAUUACUGAAACAGGAUAUCGUCUGCUUGAUAAAGAAGAAUAAAAAUUGGAGAACAGAUCCUAACUGUAUUAUAUACCAGCAGGGCAAAUCAGCUGAUUACUUUGUUCUGGUUCUUGAAGGUCGUGUCGAAGUAACUGUUGGCAAGGAAAAUUUGACCUUUGAAGGGGGGCCUUUUACUUACUUUGGAACACAGGCUCUCAUUCAAGCUAUUGGUGUCGCUGAAUCACCAUCAAUCCCCACUUCUACAUUGGGCAGUCUAGAAUCUUUAAAUAUUGACAGUUUAUUGAAACAUUCAUUCCAACCGGACUAUACUGUGCGGGCAUGCACAGAAGUUUUAUACCUUUUGAUCAAACGUAGCUUGUAUCUUGCUGCUAAGAGAGCUACUUUAAUGGAAAAAUGCCAGAAAGACAAUCAAACCACGGGUGAACAAUUCGAUGAAGAAGUUGAUAAGCUUUUACAUUCACUUGAGGAGGAUGGGAGCACAGGUGCUGCUACUCCAAGAAAAACAUCGAAAAACGUAAUCCAAGCUCAGGGGGAAGCGGAGAAUUCAAAGAUUACGACUCCUAGGAACGCCUCGAUAUUCAGUAACACGAGUCCCCAAAAAGACAUAAAUGGGUUACUUAGCAAUUCCGACUUGCAUAAUGAAUUGCAAGGAAAAGAAGAGGAAAUGUCCCUGCUGUCGAACAAAUCAUAACACAGAUGUUUCGACCUUGCUCCAUCAAGGUCAAGUUUUACCUAUUCUGCAUGUUCUUUGUAUAUGAGGUUUUUGUGAGAAGAAUGAGGCAUGAAAUUGAACAUUGUUGAAGGGUGUUUCUGUGUGUAUUGCAAUAUUUCUUUAAAUCGGAGAGCUCUGGGAAAUUAUUCUCGCAUGAAAGGCAGUAUGUUCCUCCUGGGGAAUCUCAGAUUUUACAGUUAUGUGGAUAAUUGAAAGAAUUUUGAAUAGUUCUAAACAAUGAGAGUUAUAUUUUUACUGAUUUGCUUUCACUCUUCGAAUCGAUGAGUGUUCUAGGUAAAUUGGAUAUAUGCGACAGAAAAACACGAAAUAUGUACCGAUAUAAUGUUUCAAUACAAACUGCAGAAAUUGCUUUGAUGGGUGCUAAUGCUAUUUUACUUAACAUAGGAUACAACGUAGUUUUAAUUAUUAAUAUAAAUAUGUCGAAAUUGUUGAAUUUUAGAUCAAUUAUAGAUGUUCCAAUUAUACAGUACAAAGUUAAAAUUGUUGAAUAUAAUAAUGGGAUAAUAUCAUAUGUCUGCAAUAAAACAUUUUCAUAUCAAUUUGUAAACAUUUUUAAUUAUUUCAUGGAAGCAAUUUUAUACUUUAUUAUUGACAGCUAUGGGUUUUGAACUAUAAACAUCAUUAUGAAUUGAUAGAAUCAGAUCCUCAACACAUUAAUAUUAUUUUAGGUGAGAUUAUAACAUUAUUGCUGACAAUAUGUGUAUCUUAUAUAGAGCCAAAAGUUUUGGGAGUAUUCAGAGAUAUCUCCUUUCAAUACCCCGUAACCUUGUCCAGUUAAUCACACAAAUUGUUUUUUCGCGAACCUAUUUUUCCAUUCAUAAUAUUGAAUAUUUAAUAUCUAAUUCAUUCAGCCUCAAUACUCCAGUUUUUUUAUUAUCAUCACUCUUAUCAUAUUGUUCAACAACAGACGCUGAAAGAUAACAGAAACAAAUGGAUAUUUGACAAAUAAACAAUAUAGGACUAUAUGAUGGUCAGUAUUCUAAUUUCGAAAGAAGAAUUAUAUGGGUUUAUAAAAUAUUCUGUUCCGUAGAAAAAAUAUUUGUAACAACUCUAUUUCUAAAAUGUUUCGAUUUUGAAGGGAUUCUUCUUCAAUACCUUAAAGAGCAUACCACAAUAGAAUUGACUUGAAGUUAGUUGAUAUUAUUAGAAAGGCCACAGUUUUGGUCUGAUACUUAUUUUCUUUGAAUUUCAAGCUUUGUUUUAAUCUGUAGUUCAGCAAGCUUAAAAAAAUGCUUUUAAAUCUCUCUUCUGGUUCAAUUUGAAAUGUACUUUUUAUUUAGUUUUAAGUUAUUCAAAGCUUUGUUUUGUACUUAAAUGCUAACAUAUUUGCUCAUUUUAUUUUGCUGUUAUAAUUUUUUUAUUUUAAAUUUGUUAUUUGGAGUUUUUCAUAUUUUUCUUGUUAUGAACCCAAAUUAUACACAUAAUAAAAGUAGUUUAUGAAG